UUCCAUUAUAACCCCCUCAUAUUUAUAUACUCUUCACUCCUUAUUUUCCACUCAACCAAUUCCUCUCUCCAUUCUAAAUUUAGCACACUCCUCUCUUAAGUCUUAAUCCUCUUCAAAAAAACAGAACAACCUCAAUUUAGAAGUAUGGAACAAAACAUAGAAUUCACUUUUUGGUCCUCAAACAACCUAGAAAUUCAAAAUUCAAUUUCUCAAAGCAAUAACAUGAAACAAACACAAACCCAUUUUCAAAUCCCUCAAACCACUUUCUCCAAACCUCCAAGGUCAUCCUCAAACCUAAGCAACCGCAAACCCUCCUUGAACAUCACAAUCCCUUCUAUAACAAAACCUCUCCCACAACAAAACAUAGUAAAAAGUGAAAACACCAACACCAAAGAGGAUAAUAAGCACUAUAGAGGUGUUAGAAGAAGAACAUGGGGAAAAUUUGCUGCAGAAAUCCGUGACCCUAAUAGAAAAGGAUCAAGAGUAUGGCUUGGAACCUUUGAUACAGCCAUAGAAGCUGCAAAAGCUUAUGAUAAAGCUGCUUUCCAGAUGAGAGGAAGUAAAGCCAUAUUGAACUUCCCUCUAGAUGUUGCUACUGAUUCUGUAGAAUCAUCACUUUCUAACUGCAUCAAAGUUGGUAAGAAAAGACAAAGAGAUGAAGGGAACUGUGUUGAGAUUAAUAAUAAUAAUAAUAAUAUUAAGCAAGUUAAGAAAGAAGAAGGGGUUUUAGCUGCUCCUUUGACUCCUUCAUGUUGGAAAGGGUUUUGGGAUACUGAUGUUAUGGGAACUAUCUUCAGUGUUCCUCCUUUGUCACCCUUAUCUCCACUCAUGGGAUUUUAAGAUUAAUUAAUUAAGCCCUUGUAAUAAACCAAGUUGUUUGGACUUCGGUGAUAAGGAACUCCUUCCAAGAACAUACCUGAGGAAUACUGGGUUCGAUUUCCAGGGGAAGCAAUGCUUGGCUAGUGCGCAUGCCUCUACACAUGAGCCAGAUUAGUCGCUCACCUUUGAUGGGUUGAAAACCGAUGCUAAAGCCAAAAAAAUAAAAUUAAGCCCUUAUAAUCAUGUUAAGGUGUUAAUUAAAGUCCUUAAAGCCCUUAUCUCCACUCAUGGGAUUUGUAUCACAUAUAUACUAGUUGUUGAAAUAGGAGGAGUGUUAAUAGUAUAUUUUUGUAGGUGAAGAUUAGAUAUAUAUUGGUUGGUUUUAAUUUUAGUGUAAAUAUAGGAAGAUUGAAGCUAGUGUUUAAUUCUUUUAUGUAUGUCCAUUUGGUGAAAGAAUAUUGAAAUUUGUUUAUUCGUUUAUUGGAGAAAACGUUGUCCAUGAAA